CAUCAAUGUCAGUAAAAAAAAAAUAGACGGCCCUCGCUCGCGCGCCGAUUAGCGUUUCCAGUACAGUUCGUCAGAUAUUAUUUUGGUUUAAUUUUGAAUUUUAUACUGAUAUAACUACUUAAUUAUGUCUAAAAAUCUUGACAGAAGUUUGCAGUUACACUCAACACAGCAUACGCCAUUACGAAAUAAAAGAACAAGACAGUUGAUAUCGAGAGAAGAUACGUUUAAUUUGUCCCCGAUACUAAAUGAGACUUCAAUAUUUAAAAAUCUCAAUGAUACAAGCCUGAGACAAGUAUUGGAUGAGUCGUCGGUAUUAGUAAACACCGGAUAUGCCGGCGAUGGUUUGAACGAAGCGUUUUUUGAAGUAAUGCAAACGAGUCACCCAAGUGAUGUUCUGGAUACGUUAUUGAGGUUAAGUCAAGUGUGUUGUGACUCUUUGGAGUUAGUAGAGCCCUGGAACAGGUACAAUGUGCAUAACUACUGGCUGGCGGAGGAGGCCAACACAUGGAAGUUGCUGCAUUGUUUAUAUGCCGAUUCCAUUUCGUCUCAUCCAGAAUCUUUAGAAGAUAUGUUGAAAGAAACAACAUUAUCUCAGCAAGCACUUGUUGACGCCCUAUUCCAAUGUGAUUCGGAAGUGCGUCUACUUCAGUUGUUAGUAGAUUGGUUAGAAGCAACAGCUGCAUACCAGGAAGCUGCAACUAACACCUCUGCUCCUGUUAUUGGAAAUAAUGUACAUUGGAGCAACACACUGCAUGAGUUACUUAUUGGAAACAGCUUGUUUAACAAAGACAAAAAUAAGGCUAUGAUCACAUGCAUGGAUCCAGAUGCACCACGGCGCCAGAAAAAAACCGUUCAUUCCGAUGAUCAAAAGGAUGAUAAUGAUUUAUGUAAAAGAAUAUUUACUGAAGUCAGAUGUGGUAAGUUUAAAGAAGCUGUGUCUGUGUGUCUUAGUGCUGGACAAGCCUGGCGCGGAGCUGUUCUUCAGGGCUGGAUAUUGCUACACUACUUGCCAAGAGAAGAUCAAAAUGAAGCUAUAGAAAUGUCAGGGAAUCCUUCAAGGGACCUUUGGAAGUGGUGUGCUUUAGGCAUUGCCAAUAAUACAGCUGAAAAUGUGCAUUACAGGGCUAUAACUGGUAUUCUGAGUGGACAUCUAGAAAGUGCCAUUCCGGCCUGUCAGGGAAGUUGGGAAGAUUUGUUAUGGGCACAUUUAAGAGUGCAAAUUGAGGCAAGAGUGGACAGAUUUUUGCAUGAACACCAUUUAACAGUGGAUGCAAAUACUACUCCCACAGAUAUCUUGGAGCUGCUACAAUCGGAAUUAUCGAUUGAAGUGUUAUCUAUGCAGCAGAUUUUUAGUGCUGUCAAAUCUUUGAUGGAUGGCAAAAGAGAAUCACAUUAUCAGACAUGCCAACGUCAUUUAAUGCUGGGUCAUGUUAGGGCCAUAAUGACUGAUUCUUUACAGUGGAUAGAAAGUGCUGAAGAUAAAUUCAUAAGAUUCUUGGCACAUUUGAUAUUAGUACUUCGAAUGAUGGGAAAGGAUCCUAAUCAUGAUAUUGGAGAUACUGUUUUAGAGAAGUAUGUGUCGCAACUUAUUGAUAAGUUGUUGGAUGGCUCUGUAGAAUGCCCAGAACUGAUCGCUUAUUAUACAUCAACUGUUCCGGUAGAAAGGCAGAUAGUUCUUUUUGCAGAACUGAUGGAUCAUAUUCACAAGAGUGAAUAUCGAGAGGGAGUUGUAAAAGCUGGUGUGAGUGCUGGCAUAGAUGUUGCUGCAUCUGCUAGAGUAGCCAUAAAGAAGGCCAUUACUGAUAUCCAACAAGACUACUGGAAUUUGGACACAACCUUUACCCAAACAGCUGCAAUUGAAAAAGACAAAACAUUGACAGGUAAAGUUAUAUCAUCACUUGAAUGGAUGGCUCUGAUUGCUAACCAAAAACAAGAAGCUCUAUGGCUUAGCAAUGCAAUGAUUCGUACUUUUAUAUUCAUAGGACACUCAGAGGCAGCUUUGUCUUGUGUUGCCAAGGUGAACCAGCUUUUUCCCAAUUUCAUUGACAAUUUAGACAAUAAAUCGGCAGAAUUGAGGGAACAUCUUGCACUAAAAUCAUAUUUGGAAGCACUGGAGGGUUUUGCCACGUGGUACAGGCAUUUUAUAAGUGGACAACCUAAAGAUGUGGAGCCUUUACCAUCAGAUGCGUCAUUUUCUGAUAAAGUUCAUCAUGAGCAAAGAUGUGCCCAGGUGGAACAACAGAAAGCUCACUGGAAGAAUGCAGUAUCGCAUCAAUCCAGACAUACUAAAAAUCUUCUCUACAAUGUGCUUUUAUUCCCUGGAGGAUGGCUUCAAGAUGAGAAUGACAGCAUUACAUCUCAAAACUUUACUGAAGAAGAAAAACAAGAGAGAUCUAAACAAUUGGAAACAUUGAGGCGUUUGUGCAUUCCUGAAGUGGUAUUACUCAUACUGAAGAUUUUGCAGAGUGGGGAUGAGGUUGAGGACCACAAAGAAGCAGUUAAGUUAAGCAAUUUGAUUGCUGCAGAAAACAGAUGCCUUUACAAAGUAUUCACCAAGUCUAAACUGAUAGAAUUUCUGGAAAGGAUCAAGGAAUCUUCUUUGUUACUAUUAGAGAAGGAUAAGGAUAUUUUUGGUUAUGAAAUAACUGAUGAAUAAAGCUUUUUUUUUUAAAUAAAUAUUUGUACCUAUGUAAUAA